AUGGCUUUUGAAAAAGUGUUAAUAGCAAACAACACGUCGGUUGUUCAAGACGAUGUUCUUGCUCAGAGGAUCGGUCUUAUUCCAAUUGCCGCAGAUCCAAGGCUCUUUGAGUAUUUAUCCGUUUUAUCYGACCAAUUGAUUUGGUUACCAAAUGGAAGUGAGUUGGUUAAAGAAUCAGGAGGUGAAACCUCAAAGCCAAAAACUUACACUUCGUUCAGUCGUAGGCAAGAUUCCUUCCCUGAAUUUGCUGAUUCACCCUAA